CUCCCACAGUCCCUCUGCCCCUAGCCUCCAUCCUCUCCCAGGUCCCCAUCGGCCUCUCACCUCCUCAGAUCUCCCAACCCGAACCCUAACCAAGCAGCAGUCAUGGCGAUCGCGGCGCGCGCCCUGCGCCGCCUCCCGCUCCACCUCUCCCCCGCGCUCUCCCGCCCCUUCUGCGCAGUCUCCCCGGCCGCCGCCUCCGCCGCAUCGGCCAAGGUCGCCGACCGCAUCGUGCGCCUCCUCGCCAUCGACCCGGACGGCGGACGCCGCGAGGUGGUGGGCCUGACAGGCCAGACCGUACUCCGCGCUCUCGCCAACGCGGGGAUUAUCGAGCCGGCCUCACACCGCCUGGAGGAGAUCGACGCGUGCUCCGCUGAGUGCGAGGUCCACAUCGCGCAGGAGUGGCUCGAGAAGCUGCCGCCGGCGUCCUACGAGGAGCGGUACGUCCUCACGCGCGCGUCCAGGAACCGCGAGCUCAACAAGCACGCGCGGCUGGGCUGCCAGGUCGUGCUCGCGCCGGAGCUGCAGGGGAUGGUCGUCGCCGUCCCCGAGCCCAAGCCGUGGGACAUCCCGUAACGGCGCCCCGCGACGCAAGGCAUGGCAGGCAGCAAGGUGCGGGCUUUUGACGCUGUGAGCCUUCCUUCAUCCCCCUGCUCGGCGUUGCGACCCCUUUUAUGUUGUGGAUUUGAUGAAAUAAUAAUGAUUUGAUGAGCAAAACUUAGUGCUGUUUGUUAACUUCUGCUUCCUUUGAAUGUGGUGUAUGUGGAUGAUGUAAUGUGGAAUCCCCUUGCAAAUACCUCAGUUUAAUGUUU